GCUCCCCAAUCUCCUUGUAGAUCUCCCUCCAAUUCCCAUCUUUUCAGGCAUUUGAUAAGUCCAUCGAAUGUGCUGAAAACUACAGACACAAUGAUAAGUAACGUGACCCACUUGCCCGAUUCUUGCUUAAGUGUUUUGUUUUUCCGCACAAGCACUUCUUCAAAGCUUCCUAAAAACAUCAUGCUUGAGGAUGAUGAAAUCCUCAAGAUCACACAAGAAGCAGAGGCCUCAAACCAGUAGAGGGUGCAGGCCACUGUGUUGCAGCUGUCGGUUGAGCGUGUCAUCCUCAUCGGAGGAAGUCGAGAGCGCCAGUUCCGAGCGCUUCGCCACUAUCUCAAGCCUAGCGCACGCCAUGGUCCAAGAGAGGCUGGACCAAAUGAUAAGGGAGAGGCAAGAGGCAAGGCAUCGUCUGGAGAGGAUGAGGAGGCAAAGAGGCGGGGGAGAGAGGCGGUUCGUCGUGAUGGUGGCGAUGGAGAAGAGCUCCCACGAUCCGCGGGAGGAUUUCCGGGAGUCGAUGGUCGAGAUGAUAACGGUAAACAAGAUCGACGACCCAAAGGACCUCAGGCGUCUCUUGAAUUACUACCUUUCGAUGAAUUCGGACGAGUAUAGAGGGUUGAUACUAGAGGUGUUCCACGAUGUGUGCACAAGGCUGUUCUUGCAUUGUAAAUGCCAUUGAUGGACAUUAGCUGAGGAGUUCCUAGAGUUUUAGUUAACUUUCAAGUUUAAUUCAACCAUGCAUGUGAAGCAUUUUACAGAUUCAUCCAGAUAUACGUA